AUGGAAAUUCCUAGUAUCUCACAAACACGCUUAAGCUCCAAAAAACUUAGUCAAAGAAUGAGAGUGGACAGAUAAGGCCAUCCAAUACUAAAAGGAUACAAAUUACAUUCAGUAACUUUCAUAGAUAAUGUAUUAUCUGGAUCGAAUAUUCAUAAAAUUCAUCUUGUUGAUAGUUGGAAGCAACACAAUUUCAAUGAAUUUCAAUACAAAAACAAUUAAAGAUGUUGUCAAAUAAGUUGA